ACGGUUUCAGAUACAGGAGAGGCCAUGGAAGAGCAAGAGCAUCGCAGUGCAAUCGAACACUAUAGCACCCCCUUUGUGCUCGCCAUCAACCAAAUCGACGGCUGGUUAUCUAUAAAGACUCUUGAAGGUGAGCUGAUAGAAGUACGGUGGACGUCUAAUGGCUGGGUACUUCAGGACGUUGGCACCGAUGUCGACAGGAUACACCAAUCUCCUGGACAAUCUCCUGGACAAACCUGGCCAACCUUUGAGAGCCUCAUGAUGAACAGGUCGUUCAGGUUCCGUCAAGCAUUCUUCCAGAGGGUCAACGAGCAACUACUACGAUCAUGAGACAUAGUUAUACACAUGACCGUACAAAUUCACGUCUAAAAGCGAGAACCGUUUAAUGAUAUGAUGAUAGCUAGUAUACAGAACGUUUAUAUAGGGGAAAUGUACAAGGGGAAUAUGACUC